CGCAGCUGUCAAAGCAUAAUUUUUCAAUUCGCUGUAAAUUUACGCUGUGUGUUGGUUUAACAUUUUUAUCCUAAACUUGAAUGAAAAUCGGUGAAAAUUGUGCGUCUAGCUGGUGGUACGACCUCGGUCAUUGGUGUGCCGAUUGGGAAGAAUCUUUGCUUCCCAGGUUCCAGCAAGCUGCGGCCAAAACGACGACUGUGAAAGUGAAAAUUUCCCUGCACGACAGUCUCCCUCACUCUCUUUUUUCAGCUGGCUGCAGGUGUGAAGUGAAAACGCGAUUUUGGAAUCCAACAAGCGAUUAAGUUAAAGCAGCAUAUUUCGUGUAUUCUAGAGGUGUAGCUGAAAUAAAGUGCGUUCAUGGUAAAAUAAAUUACUAGUUUACAAAGAAAGCUCGCAAAGUGGUUGAUCUUGGUUAAAGCUUGUGCCUAAGGGAAGCAUAAAAGGGCAUCAACCGAUCGAUGCUUUGCGCAAGAUCUGUUGUUGUUCAGAAGCCAAGUGUCAUGUGGCUUGUGUCAAAAGUGUAAACAAUAGUAGUGCUGGUGUUUAAAAUCUCAUAUCGUGAAACAUAAUGAAUCUGGUGUAGAAUUAUAUUUUUGUAAACUACGUAAUCUCAGCAACGGGAAGAAGGAGCGCAUCCGAAGGAAAGAGUAUCUUUGCCUUCUGACUGUUUCCCUGAGUGCGGAAGCAUUCAUUCAUACAUCGCAUCAUGGAUGAAAAGAAACCAAUUCCAACGCCCGCCGGUGGCAAUGCAACGGCCACCGCAUCGUCUGCCACGGAACAGGACGAAAGUGAAAAGCGUGUCGGAUGUGCACACUAUAAACGACGGGCAAAAUUUGUGACACCUUGCUGUAACAAAUUCUACAUGUGUCGAUACUGCCACGACGAGAACGAGACACAUUUCUUCAACCGGAAAACGGUGACAGAACUGAUCUGUACUGAGUGUGACACCCGGCAGCGUGUGCAGGCCGAAUGUGAAAAGUGUGGCGUACGAUUCGGGCGGUACACAUGCCUGGUGUGCAACUUGUUUGACGACGAGGACCGUAAUCAGUAUCACUGUGAUGGAUGCGGAAUUUGCCGCGUCGGAGGUCGUGGACGAUUCUUUCACUGUGAAGUUUGCAAUAUGUGUUUACCACUUCAGUUAAAGUUCGACGGACAUAGGUGUGUGGAGAAUGUAUCCCGGUCGAACUGUCCAGUGUGUUUGGAUGAUAUUCACACAUCGCGUAUUCCAUGUCACAUUCCCGACUGUGGACAUUUACUACAUCGGACAUGCUUCGAAGAAUUGCUCUCGUCCGGCCAUUAUGCUUGCCCCACCUGCCAGACGUCAAUGAUGGAUAUGAACCAGCUGUGGGAGUAUCUAGAUGCGGAAGUUGCCGCCACACCCAUGCCAAAGGAAUACGCAAAUUAUUACGUUGACAUACUUUGCAAAGAUUGUCACAAGGAGUCAACGGUGAAAUUUCAUGUAGUUGGACUAAAGUGUACCCACUGCGGUGCAUACAAUACCUGCAGGACAAAGACGAAAAGCAUAAACGGAUGUAAUAGUAGUAAUACCGGCAGCAGCAGCACGAGCGGAGGCAGCAGUACGGCAAGUGGCACAGCACCGACGAACAAUUCCGAAACGACUCCAUGGAUAAGAAUGGUUCCACUGUCGAUGGUAGAGUCGGAUGAUAGCGCUAUCGACGAUAUCGCCAUUGAUGACAGUGAAGAUGAACGACUCGUCGAUCGACUUGAGACGUAUCUACACCAUGUGGUGCACGGUGACGAUGACGGUGCAAGCACAUCGGCUGCUUCUUCCUCUUCCUCCUCGAACUCUUCGUCUUCCGCUCCGUCCUCCUCGACAAUGGUAAGCGCCGCGGUAUCGGUUGGCGUUGGGCAGCACCGUGCAACACGUCUGACCAACGGUACCAGUAAUAGCAGCAGAAGCGACGCGAGUUCCGGUUCCUCCAGCUCUGGUACGUCCUGCCCGAAUGGUGGUCAGGCGAGUAGUAGCAACAAUAGUAAUAGUAGUAGCAGUACUAAUAGCACCAACCUCAAUGGCACCUUAGCCGUUGUGACAAGAAUCAAUGGACGGACGGACGUAGCGGGCUCGUCGUCCUCGUCCGUUGCGCACGACGAAGAUCGUUCCUCGUUCGAUAAUAGUAAAAGUAAUGAUAAUGGCGGCGCAGCUCAAAUCUGAGAGAAAUGUAGUGGACAGUUGUCAGUUCGAUAGGGCGAUUUGAAAUUGAAUGUGAUCGUUGCAACGUGUGAACGUGCGUUCGUUCUUAAUCGUGGAAAGAUAAGUCAAGCACGUUUCGGUGCUGGAUGAUGUGACAAAAUUGGUCAGCUCAUGGCGGGAAGGAACAAAAAAAAAUACAUACACAGAGCCCCAACUCAAAAGUGUAAUAAAACUAUUACAUCAA